AUGAAGACCCCAAAGAUGCAGCACUUGUCCCUCAAGCUUUCCUUUCUCUUCUGUCUGCUGCUGCCGUUUGCUGCUGUCUCCUCUGCUGCUGCAGAGGGUGGGGCCAACGCUGCUGCUGCUGCAGCAGCACCAGCAGCAGCAACGGCAGCAGCACCUGCCGCUGAGGCGAGAGGGCUGGUGGUUGUAGAAGCGGGGGAAACAACAGCAGCAGCAGCAGCAGCAGCAGCAGCAGCAGAUUGUCUGCGCAAGCCUUGUGUCAGUGCAUCCCUGGAUGAAUCUCUGCUGCAGCAAGUAGCUGCAGCAGCAGCAGGUGACCACUGGUCACCCCCAGACGGCCCCACAGACGAGAGACAACUCAAAGGAGACACCUUACCCUGCUCCCCCGACCAGCGGCUCCGCGAGGCCCUGGAGCAGCUCAUUGGCGGCCUGCAGCGGAAGGUGGAUGAGCUGAAGGAGAAGAAAACGCUGCAGUAUGACGAACAGAAGUUUCGCGAGUUGGGCUGCAUAGCGGUUGCGUCUCCAUCUCUGUCUUCAUUUUCGGGUGUAUUGGGUUUAUUUCCAUCAGCUUUGUUGCUGCGUUUGUCUGUAUCUUUAUCUUCUCUUUCUUCUUUUUCUUUUGCUGCUGCAUGCGGGCCCCACCUCACCCCUCUCUCUCUCUCUCUACAUACACACACCCCCCGCUCUCUCCCCCUCUCGGGGGCCCUCAACCACAACCACUGCUGCAGCAGCUACAACCUAGGCCCCAUAUACACCCCAACACCCCCCACACCAACCCCCAGUAUGGGGGCCCCCACAAGCAUUGGGGCCCCCACGAGCAUGGGGGCCCCCACAAGUAUGGGGGCCCCCACAAACAUGGGGAGCUACACAAGUAUGGGGGCCCCCACACCCAUGGGGGCCCCCACAAGUAUGGGGGCCCCCGUCAGCAUGGGGGCCCCCUCAAGCAUGGGGGGCUACACAAGUAUGGGGGCCCCCACAAGCAUGGGGGGAUACACGAGUAUGGGGGCCCCCGUCAGCAUGGGGGCCCCCGUCAGCAUGGGGGCCCCCACAAGUAUGGGGGGGUACACAAGGCGGGGGACUGGAGAAACAAGUUUGGGUUGCCAGUGGAACCAAGACACACUAACAACAAGAUGCAGCGGGAACUGCAAUCACUCGGGGCAGUCAGCUGCAGCAGCAGCAGCAGCAGCAGCAGGAGUAGCAGCGGCAGCAGCAGCAGCGGCAGCAGGAGUAGCAGCGGCAGCAGCAGCAGCAGUAGCAGGAGUAGCAGCGGCAGCAGCAGCAGCAGCUGCAGCAGCAGCAGCAGCAGCAGCAGCAGUAGCAGCAGCAGCUGCAGUAGUAGUAGUAGGAGGAGUGGUAGUAGUAUAG